AUGUUCUCCAACUCGGCAGCUCGCAAGUCUGUCGACAGCAUCUCGCCGUGGUCUCCGACCUCCCAGCACGAAUUCCCAUUCCACCGACAAGGCUCGGUAACAUCCUAUCCGAAUCUACGGCGCGGCUCGACCGCGAGCUCCAUAUACGCAGUUGGUGGUCAGCUUGACACCUCGUCAAGCACCUGGUCCCAGUCCCUUGUCGAGACGGGUCAGAAUGCGAUUUCCACCUUGCUGCAGCCGCCAAUCGUUCGAACCGGCCUAGUACCGCAUACUUCCGCCCCAGCAUCCAGUGCUCACAAGCCGCCAACGGCAAGAGACAUACCGCCCGUCACCUUGACCAGUAUACAACGUAUCGAUGCUUCCGAAUUCAAGCCGUAUCUUUCCCAGGUCGGAGCUCUAUACGAACAGCUGAGGCGGGUGAAGGAGAGUGAGGAUGAUGGCAGUGACCAGAUUUUUCGUCGCGGUAGCAGAGCCGAAGAUAUCUCGGGGUUCGGGGAGGAUGGCCACUUGAGGCCCAGCAGCAGGCCUGUAAGCUCACGGAAGCUGUCGACUGCGUCCAUUAGGUCAAUAUCACCAAUUGAGCCUCCUUCAACCCCAAUGGCAAUGCGUAGGAGGUCGAGUUCAGGCUACGGCCGGAAACAAGCCCAGGGGCCACCGCCUUUAUCAACCAUACCGAAUGUCUACUCCGACGAGGAUUUCCACCUUGAAAACCCACGAACUUUCGACAUCGUCAGCGAACGGUCCGAAGUGGUACGACCAGUUCCUGGUUCUGCUGACGACAAGCAUGCUGCCAAUGGCAGUGCUCCCGCACCCCGUAAAGCUCUUGCGACCAAUGCCAUAUUGCAAGAGAAGUUGUCGUGGUACAUGGACACUAUCGAGAUGCACCUGAUUUCCUCCAUCUCGACCGCUUCGACGACCUUCUUCACAGCUUUAGGAUCGCUAAGGGAACUGCACACCGAAGCGGCCGAGUCAGUUGACAGAAUCAGGGUGUUAAGGGAAGAGCUAGAUGCACUGGAUCAGGAAAUCGCGACCAGUGGAUUGAAUAUUGUACAAAAACAACGGCGGCGCGAGAACUUGCAGCAACUGAAUGACGCUGUCAAGCAGCUGCAAGACAUCGUGGAAGCUGUUGCGGCCUGUGAGAACGUGGUGGAUGCUGGAGAACUUGAAAAGGCACUGACCAACAUCGACGCUCUGGAAAAGCUGAUCGCUGGCAGCGGGCCACUUCUUUCAAAUCAAGAUGGAUCUCGUACUCCUCAGCUGCGGGAUCUUCGCGAAGCUGUUGCUCUUCAGGGAGUCAACAGCGAUAUAUCUACUCUACGUUUCCGUAUCGGUAAAGCCUUUGAGUCCCGAUUUCUCGACAUUAUGCUUGGAGACCUGAGACGCCACGUUAGUGAGGUCUCGAAUCAGGAUGUGCUCCUUCGAUGGAGCAGUUCAGCGAUGCGAUCACGCGGCGCUCAUAUCAGAGAUCCGUCGGCUUUUCCGGCUUAUUUGGCCAAAACCGACAAUCUUCGCUCACCGCUUUUACCGGUCCUCGUGGGAUUGCACCGUUCUAAACACAUCACGGUCGCAAUAGCAUCCUACCGCGAGCUCGUAAUACGGGAAAUCAGAAGCCUCGUUAAACGGCCUCUGCCCGCAUCAAAUGAUGACGACAACGAGUCGAUGAUGUCUGCCUCUACGCUGAGCUCAAAGCGCUUGACUCAGCAGGAGAAGUCGUCCAUCCUGGCACGUAAUCUUCGGUCACUCGAUGAAGAGGAUGCCGAAGCACUAUUUACGAAAAUCUACAUCAGUGUGACGGAGACCUUGCGGAGGCUAACCACACAAAUGAAGGUGCUGUUUGACGUCGCAAGUUCGACGGGAGAACCGCCUACACCCAACUCAGGAUUGCUCUCGCCGACUUCCUUGAAAUCGCCGCCUCUCAACAGCGCCAACCGCGAUGUUCAGGAAGAUAUUCACUUAACCAUGGACAUGGCGAACCUUCUUGGGCAGGCGGUUGAUAUCUCACAGGAGAAGAUUGUGAAGGUACUCCGCGUCCGAUCGGACCAAAGCACUCACUUACCACUUGUGUGGUUUCUGAGAUAUUUCACACUUAACCUCUAUUUCGCAAACGAAUGCGAAGCAAUAUCCGGCCGAAGCGGCACAUCUCUGAAGACUGUUGUCAACUCUCAUAUCAAAGAAUUCAUCCAGCUACAUGGUGACGCGGAGAAACAGAAACUUGCCCAGGGUAUGGAGUCUGAUCAAUGGAGCGCCCAGGACUUUACCGAAAAAGACAACAAUCUGCUGAGCCGGGUCUUGGAAUGCAGCACGAAAGACAGUCCUGCAUGGACGGAAGGGAGCAGGAUCUGGUUGCCGUUCUCAGAAGCCCAGAGCGAGACGGAAGACUCAACGUCUAACGGACGUCCAAGAGCGGAGUCAAAUGGAACAACAAAGGAGAAGAUUCGGAGCGCAGUGAUCGAUUCCGAACCCUUCAUACUUCCCAACUCAGCCAUUCUCUGUCUGGAAGGCAUGUCUCAUUUCUUGCAUUUGGUAUCGGGCAUACCCUCCAUGGCUUCCGACGUGUCCAGCUCACUUGUUGCAUAUCUGCAACUCUUCAAUUCUCGUUGCACACAACUCAUCCUUGGUGCCGGCGCGACCCGUUCAGCAGGACUCAAGAACAUCACCACGAGGCAUCUCGCCCUCGCAUCUCAGGCUUUAGCUUUCAUCUCGACGUUAAUCCCGCAUAUUCGCGAGUUCGUACGGCGGCAUGCCGGUGCGGGACCUGGCGUCAACAACGUUGCUGUCGCCGGUCUUAUGGGCGAGUUCGACAAGGUUAAGCGCCUAUUCCAAGAACAUCAGAACAACAUAUACGACAAGUUGGUCGAGAUCAUGACUGGACGAGCCUCCGCACAUGCCAAGACCAUCAAAGGGUUAAAUUGGGAGCAGGAGAUGAGUUCGAAGGUGAACGAGUAUAUGGAGAGGCUCGUAAAGGAGACAGUCACCCUGCAUCGCGUACUCACAAAACAUCUACCAGAAGGCACAGUUCGCUUCAUCAUGACGCCGGUAUUCCAGAGCUACAAGUCGCAGCUAGGCUUAAGCUUGGAAGGGAUCGAGGCGAAGACCGAGACUGCACUCGAUCGGAUGAGAUCCGACAUCGAAUACCUCAAUGCUCGACUCGACAAGAUCGAUGGUUUUGGAGAUACGGGCGCUCACCUGCUGAGUAUCGUCAACUCGAAGAGGCCCGAGCAAAGCGCAGCAAAGGAAGCUACGGAACAAAAAGCAAAAGAAGGAGACGAAUCUAUCGAUGCCAACAAGCCAGAAAACAGUUCUGUCGAUAGCUCAAAGGAGACCUCGGAAGCGAGCAAGUAA